GCCGCUGUCUGCUCCCAUUCCCGCCGACAAAUUCCCAUCCUCAUCUCCUUCUUCAUCUUAUCUAUAAAACCACCCUUUUCUUCUCUCCCAAACAAACAAAAAAAAAAAAAAAAAUGGAUUCCAAGCUCUCCGAUCUCAAUCUCGGAGCCACCGAGCUCCGUCUCGGCCUCCCAGGAACAGCCGCCGAAAGCGACGGCUCUGCAGACAACUCUUCUGGGGUUCGAACUUACAAGAGAAUUUUACAGAACGACUCUGCUCCUCCACCCAAGUCUCAGGUUGUUGGGUGGCCUCCGAUUAGAUCCUUUAGGAAAAAUACUCUGCUGCCAAAGAAAACAGAGGCAACCACGGCGGCGGAGGGUGGAGGGAUUUAUGUGAAAGUGAGUAUGGAUGGAGCUCCUUAUUUGAGGAAGAUCGAUGUGGGUCUCUACAAGGGGUACCCUUCACUUCUCAAGGGUUUAGAGGAGAUGUUCAAGUUCAGAAUCGGGGCGUACUGUGAAAGGGAAGGGUACCGGGGAUCGGAUUAUGCCCCGACUUAUGAAGAUAAAGACGGAGAUUGGAUGCUGGUGGGCGAUGUUCCGUGGCGGAUGUUUAUUUCGUCGUGCAAGAGGAUGAGAAUCAUGAAAGGAUCAGACGUUGGGGGACUGAGAAAUUAACACCUUUGUUUUUAAAUUUACAGAACGAUAUGAUGAAUUUUUCUUCAUUUUUCUUUUUGUUUCAAGUUUUGUAACAUUAAUUGGCUGAUGAAAUCAAAUUGUAAUUAAAA